GACCAUCACACUAUCACGUCUUUGCAGCAGAACCAUACGCGUUGGAAAUAUUUUCUCUGUCGCCUCAACAAUAAGACACUCAGCUGCUUGAGAUGGACGCACAUCAGAUAGCACAUUGUUCCCGUAGACUAGUCCUCACCGCCGUCCCACUAGCACUACUAUACACCGGUAGACGGCUGUCAACAUUGAAUACAGUAUCCCCACAUUGUAGUCUACCCGGUCAACAACACUCGUCAUCGCUACCGGUGUACUUGAACCAAAUAUACACACACAACCCAGUUGGAUCCACAUAUUAUACUUCCGUGAUGCACUAUCUAGAUUGUUCCGCUAAUGCUUUCUUAUUCCUAGAACCAUCACUCAAUCGUCAUUUAUUCAUCAUGGGCAGUUCACUGCAAAUCUCAACACGCGUGGGUAUCAUCUCGUAACGCGAUCGGAAAUGGAAGGUUGUUCAAAAUUAGACGACGACGCCAAGUUUGAGAUUAGACAUGCAUGCACGACAUGGACGCGAAUCGCGUCUUGGCCAACGUCGAAAAAGGGUCCUGAUGACGACGACAGCAGGUAGUGCUCGAGUCGGGUGGAAGACAAGCGAGAUGAUGGAAGGGGGGGAAGGAUCCCUGGGGGUGGAUAACUUCUUAU